AUGAAGAAGAUAAUUUUGGAGCUGGGUUUGGGGCAGUUGAUUUCUUUGGACUUGGCAGUUAUGUCAUUUACUGCUUCUUUAAUCUCCAUUGAAGUGGAUACUCCUCUUACACUGUCAUUCUCAACGUACUUGUCCUUGGCUGUGGUGUAUGGGAGUGUUAUGUUGUACCGCCGCCAAAAAUUGUUGGUUUCUUGGUAUUGGUAUGUUCUCCUUGCGCUUGUUGACGUCCACGGCAAUUAUUUCGUGAACAAAGCAUUCCAAUUCACGUCGAUCACAAGUGUGGCGAUCCUGGAUUGUUGGACUAUAGCUUGGGCAAUUAUUCUCACGUGGAUUUUCUUGGGCACGAAAUAUUCCGCUUGGCAAUUUUUCGGUGCAGCAGUUUGCAUCGCGGGCCUUGGCCUCGUUCUUCUUUCUGAUGCCCAUUCGGGUGGUGGUAGUGGUGGUGGUUCGAAUCCUCUGUUGGGCGAUUUUCUCGUCAUAACAGGGACGAUAUUGUUUGCAAUGAGCAAUGUUGGUGAGGAAUUUUGCGCGAAGAAGAAAGAUCUAACUGAAGUAAUAGCGAUGAUUGGUCUGUUUGGUAUGCUCGUUAGCGCAUCCGAGAUUCCUGUCUUGGAGAGGAAGGCCCUGAUGUCGAUUAAUUGGUCUGCUGGACUUGUGUCGGCAUACGCUGGUUACGCAUUGUCGAGCUUUCUGUUCUACACGCUUGCUCCUUUCAUGAGUGGAUCCACACUGUUCAAUCUUUCUCUUCUUACAUCAGAUAUGUGGGCUGUUGUGAUUCGAACAUUCUUCUACGAGCAAACGGUAGAUUGGUUAUACUACGUGGCAUUUAUCCUUGUCGUCGUUGGGAAUUUAAUAUAUUCGAACAUGAAAAGAGACGACAACGACGAGGAUGAAGACGAGAGGAGUGCUCAUUUAGGAGGAGCACAAAAGAAAGAAAAUUUGAGCGACCAACCUCGAGAAAGUAGAAGAUUUGAAGGGAAAUGUUAUAACUGUGGAAAGAAAGGCCACAUAGCGAGGAAUUGUUGGUCGAAGAAGAAUCCAGGGGAAGGAAAUGCAGUCACAUCGGAUGAGGCACACAAAAGUGACGAUGAAUGGGAUCUUGAAGCACUAUCAGCCGUAAUUGAACAAGAAGAAGUUGGUGAAAAAGUAGAUAUGGCUAACGGCAACGAUCACUGA